ACAGACGGUGAGAUGGGGGGAGACUGAGCAGAACCGAGCGAGCGGAGUCACCAUGUAUCCACAAUGCUGGCUACCCAGCAGGAAGUGUCAACUUCUGUCUAAUAGAGGACCAUGAUGGACCGGAGAUAACCGCUUCCCUUUUUGUUGCACCAAUCACAGUUUCUGAUGCAGCACAGCCAUGAGAGCAUGGCACAGACUGCGGGUGGCUUUCCUCCUCGGCUCUUUGUUCGUCAUCCUGCUGAUCAUCGUCUACUGGGACGACGUUGGAGGCUUCAGCCUCUACCCCAUUCAGGAGCUGAAACACAAGUUCGCUCAGUCCGGUUGCUGCACCGACAUUACUGCAGUUUCUCCUCUGUCCGUGUCCACUGAUCGAACACGGCCCCGUCCCCCUAUUACCGUCUACACCACCGCGUCUGCAGCUACACUUAUCUCAAAAGGAGCAGCUCAGAAAAUUACAGAUGUGGAGCAAAAGAAGAAGGAAUCAGAGUAUGAGGGGGUAAAGACUGCUGAUGAUGGUGAACAAAAGGUGAGAAAGCAAAGGAUCAUGGAUGUGUGUUUAGGAAAGGGCGCUGUGGAUUUUCCAGGACGGACUCGAGCGUUUGAACAGAUCCCCAUCAGGGAAUUGGAUCACCUAAUUGUGGAUGACACACAUCAGAUUAUCUACUGCUACGUUCCUAAGGUAGCAUGCACCAACUGGAAGAGAGUCAUGGUGGUCCUGUCUCAGUCUCUGGUCUCCCCCUCCACAGGAAAACCUUACACUGACCCAGAGACUGUGCCUGCUGACCUGGUACACAACUCGUCCCUCCACCUCACCUUUGCUAAAUUUUGGCGACACUAUGGUUCACUGUCCCGCCACCUGAUGGCACUCAAGCUCCAGCACUACACAAAGUUUCUGUUUGUUCGAGACCCCUUUGUGCGCCUGAUCUCCGCCUUCAGGAACAAGUUUGGAAGGCCCAACGAGGACUUCUUCAGGCAUUUUGGUUCGGUUAUGCUGCAUCGUUACGGUAACGUGUCGGAGGGUUUGGCAGAGAGCGCUGCUGAGGCAUUUGCAGCAGGAAUCAAACCAACAUUUCAUCAAUUUAUAUCAUACCUUGUCGAUCCUGAGACGGAGAGGGAGAACAUCUUCAAUGAACACUGGCGGCAGGUGUACCGUUUGUGCCACCCAUGUCAGGUGAAAUACGACUUCAUUGGGCGAUUAGAAACUCUGGAAACAGACUCGGAGCACCUUCUCAAGCUGCUGAAUGUGGAUCACCUCCUGCGUUUCCCUUUAGGUUCCAGAAACCGCACCGAAGCCAGCUGGGAACAGGACUGGUUUUCACAGAUACCUGUUGCUAAAAGGAAAGAACUGUACAAGCUGUACGAACCAGACUUUGAGAUGUUUGGCUACCCCAAACCUGACAGCGUGCUCCACCAGUAGACCACCUAGGCUCUGUGAUUAUGGACCGGUACUCGUCCAGAUUCUGUCUUAACGCCAGUCUGUGAUGCUAUUUGACUAAUUCUGAACAUGUCAAAUGAGAAAGUGCCUGUCAGUUUUUCAUUUUUAUAUAUUAUUUGAUUUCCAUAAUGUGCCUGUUUAUACUUCGCAUUGUCACAUCUGUUUUUUCCUCCAUGUUGAAAUACUUUUUAAUCAUUCAUGAUUAAGUUUUAUUGAAAUUUACACCAAGUACUACUUAUAAAAAUACACAAGUCCCCUGUGUUUGAUAAUUUUUGUUGAACCUCAGGAUCUCUGAUUAUACCUAUCAGACCACAUAAUUAAUAAAACAAUCAAUUGA